CGCGACCCGGACGCCGGGCCGGGCCGGCUCCGGUGUACGUUCCACGGGUACCGUCCUGGAAUACGCCGGCCGCCAGCCCCUCCCCCGCCCCUUGCUCUUGCUUUUUAUCAUCUCCGGGCAGCGCCGCCCACGAAAGGGGAAGAAGCAAAGGCGCCGGGGCCCAGCCGCUGCCUGGCCCCCGCUUAUCUGUUAGCUUCCCCAGCUGUCGCCCUGGCAGCUUCAGUCGGUUGCUCGCUUCAGCAACUGCCGCGGCGCCUGAGGCACAUACGUACACCCCACCAGGGCGCGCCCUAGGCUCGCUCUCUGGCUGCGUGGGCGAUAGUUCCCGUGCCUAACACCGCGCGGCUUGGCGCGUGUCUGCGCGCACUGGCGCAUGCGCUUCCUGGCGCCGCUCCCUUGCGUCUUCUACUUCAGCCGUAGCCGCGGCGCGCACACAGUACUAGCUUCCCUGCAGAUAUUAUCUGUUGCUCGCAUGACGAACC